AUGGCGGCAUGCUCCAAACGAAUGAGCUAAAAGCAAAAACACAACAAAAGUGUCGGUGAAAACAUGAACAAACAGUGAAUUUAAAUUACCGACAGCGAUAUCUUUAGCUGCGAAGCAUCCGCGAAGCUUUUAAUACAAGAUGUUCGGCGGAAGUUGCGCCGGUGUUGCAGUUUUAGUGAACGAUGUCAGAGCCGAGGACGCAUGCUGCUGCUGCAGAGUUCACUGAGCUGUGGAGGAGUGUCUCCAAACUUAAUCACAACAAAACACACGAUCAGACAAAUGGACAGCAGAUGCCUGGCUCAUCAGCAUCAGAUUUGCAGAGUCCGAAGCGCAGAGGCUGCAGCAGGUACCCCGGCUUGAAUAAUGGGGAUUCUCCGGGUGAUGUUGAACCAUCACAAGACAUUUUCUGGGAUCCCACAUCGCCCACUUCAGCUAAUACUGGUUUGGGGCUCAGGAACCCUCGAGUUGUGGAAAUAUCAGAUAUCGUCAACCGCAUUGCUCCAAAGGAUGUGAAGCGAAAGGGGACUGAGUCUCCUCUGCUGCAGUGGAUCGGUGACAGUGCUGUCCCAUGCACACCCGACAUCCCAAAGCCAAGAGGCAGGAAGAAGUCCUCGAGGCAGAGCAGUGUUGACGACCUCCUGAAACUGGCCAGGCAGUUUGAUGAGAACAUGCAGCAGGACAGGGAGACUUCAGAGCAGCUCAGCACCGUCAACAAGAACCUGAAUGAAUGUGCAACUACUUCCAAAACAAAACUGACAGAGACAUCGCCCCCCGGCAAUGUGAAAAACCCAAAGUGCCCGUCCUCUGCGGAUCAGGUGGAGGCAGAGCUGCACGCUCUGUUUGACUGCUCCACUCAGAAAGUCAGCGGCCGGCUGAGCCAGGGCUCCUCGACAUCAGCCUGUUCACAGGAAAUAAAACACCAACCUUUGACUUCGACUUUAGCCGAACCCCGACAAUCAGAGCUCAAGUCAGCUGACCAGUCUGGCCCAGCUGCACAUCCUGCUGAAGAUAAAGGAUCUUUUGGUUCUAGUGCGAAAAACUGUGAUGACUUUGAAGACGACUGGGAGAACGAUGACCUGCUUAAUGAAUCUUUUGUGCUGGCGAUGACCCAGAAUCCUGACCAGCAACAUGACACCAACCCUAAAACCACCUUGCAGUCCAACACAAAGACAAACACUACUCAGAUCACCUCCGUUUGCAAAACUGCUGCAAAUACAACCUCUGCACAUCAGCCCUCAAACUCCAAGCCAAGCUGCAGUGUGCUCCAGGAGCUGUGUCCCAAGCCAAAGACUACCAACCGAAGCACUUUCAAGUUACAGGCCAACCCUCACUUCCAGCCCAAGGUGGCUGCCAAGGAGGUUUCCAAGUCCACUUUCACCGCUCUACAACCUAAAUCAGAGAUGUCUGACCAAAAAUCUGCAACCGCAAAGACACUGUCUAUUCCCAUUCCUGACAAGAUCGCUAAUGAUCACAGAGGGACUCGUGUAGCUGCAGACUCUGCUAAAGACAUCUCAGACAGCUUAUGGGAUGAUGGGGAUGAUGACGCGCUGCUCUACCAAGUAUGUGACACCGUGGAGCGGAUCUCCAACAGUCAGUCGAGCCCCGGCAACUGCCAAGAAAAACAAGAUUUUGCUGCAGACAGACAGCGAAAGCCCCCUGCGCCUCUGCCAAUCGACACGUUGCAGUCCACGAACAUCAAUGCUAAGAGCAAGUCGCCAUGUGCUUUUGUUCGUUCUAACUCCUUGCCGGGGGCCAGCAGAAACACUGUGAACUACCAGGGAUGGAACGUUCCCAUGAAAGGUGCCAGCAACGAAUCACGGAUGUCUCAGAGCCUCCCAGGAAGCCAUGUGAGUCUGGGCACAUUUAACCAGAGCAGGGAUUCCUCUGGAAGUUUCCAGGCGGGGAAUGUGGACAUGAAGCCACAUACAGUGACAGCCAGAGCACCGCAGAACCCCAAGUCCCAUCACACAGCCUUCAAGAGAAAUGUAUCGGACUCAGCAGCUAUAAGCAACAAAGUUUUCGUCACAAGCCAGAUGACGUGGAAGUGCUCUGCAGCUGAGAUCGAGAGGAAGAAACAGGAGGCCUUGGCCAGGAGGCGACUGCGAAUGCAGAACACUCAGAAACCGUAGAGCAGCGUCGCUCUGACUGAAGGGAUAUUGUUGUACUGUAAUAAGUCUUUACAAAACUCAUUCCACACCAGCGUUUCAGCCAGCUCCUUAUGAAGAUGUUACCAAUGACGAUAUCUAACAUGAUGUCAUGUUGGUGUUAAAAGUUCAGUAUUAGAGAUUUACAGAAAGGACCUCGUGUCUAUUUAAAAAAGUAACUAACUGCUGUAAGAGCUGCUGGACAUUUUCUCUGUAAAUGUAGAAAGAUGUUUACAUGAAGCGAGUUUUAUGCACAGAUUGAUGCGAGUCUCAGAUCUGGUGCUGGGAUAACAUUACAAGAGAUUUUAAUUUGCCUUUUUCACUUUUUUAUCGUGACAAAUAGUUUACAUUCACUUGUUAAAAAUAAUCCUAAUUGCUGAAUAACACAUUUAAUGUUAUGCGGCAUUGUCAGCUCUCUGCACAUAUUUUGGAUAAGAAAUGUUUUUCCUGAAGUUUGCUUUUGUUAAAAGUAGUGAAUAGUCUCUUCUGAUUUUUCCCUUUUAAGCUGCAAUAGCAACAGCUGACAGACAUUAAACAAAAUAUGCUGAUAUUAUCCAUCAGACAUCAGUGUCUACAGUUCACACUGCAUGUGUUCGAUAAAACAGAUAGCGUGUCCGCAACUUGUAUUGAUGGCACACUGAAAAUAUUUUGCAACUUUAUAAUUAAAAGAGAAUUGCCUGAGGUAAAUUAACACAGUGUUGUAACAUAAUCUAAAACCUUUGCGUGGGGCCAAAUUGCAAAUUUAAUAGUUGGGAAAAUAACAUGUCUUUGUGACACAGCAGAUUUAGUUUAGUUUCUUAUUUGUAUUUCUCUCUGUUUUGUGCACGUCACAUUUUUUUAUGAUUUCAAUUUUGCACAGAAUUAAGUGUCAUACUGUACAGACAGUGUUAUAGUACUCUCCUCUUAAAGCAUACUUUUGGACCAGUGAGACCACAAUCAGAUAAAAAUGUUGGUGACCACUUUGUUUCUACCUUAGUGCCUUAGUAUGUCACAACGAGUUUGACUCCAGCCUCCUUCACUGAACAACAUGAUGGAUUUGGCUGUAUACAUUUUCCUAAUUUAUAUGUAAUGUUUAUGCCUUUUACACUAUUACUGUUUUUCUAUGCUUCUGCUCUUUCCUGCCAAACCCACAACAAAGGAAUAAACAUUUG